UUGUCCAGAGAGAGGAAAACAUUUCCAAAGUUUCCAAUUUUGUGUCGAGGCUACAAGGGCAUUCUGAUGGGGAGUCUUCCAGGAGCGUCUCUCCUUCUUCUGGUGUUUACUGUGCCUCUCCUGAUUGGUCCCAGUGUCCAGGCCGGGAAAAUUAUGGUGUUUCCAGUGGAUGGCAGCCACUGGGUGAACAUGAACCUGCUGAUCCAGAACCUUCAUGAUAAGGGCCACGAGGUGACUGUGGUCCGAACUGCCACCAGCUGGUACAUCAAAGAGUCAGCACCACAUUACCGCUCCAUCACUGUAACACUACCACAAGCCAUAGCCAUUGAGAAGGAGGACUUCUUUGUGAAGUUCCUAAUCAAGAUGCUGGAAAUUAAGAGGGAAGAAUCUUUGACAGGCUUUGUCAAGUUUUACUGGGAGAUGCUGAAUGCAUUGUCAGACAUUCACAAACAGGCCAGCUUAUUAGGAGUUGAAAUAUUAGAGAACAAGACUCUUAUGCAGAGUAUUCGGGACAAUCAGUUUGACGUUGUUCUGAUUGACCCAGGUUUGCCUGUAGGAGUUCUGGUGGCUCAUGAACUGAAGCUGCCAACAGUUUAUAAUGUGAGAUGGAUCACCAGUGGAGAGGGACAUUUUGUUGUGGCUCCGUCUCCAACCUCAUAUGUUCCAACUUCUGCACACCCUGUGACCGACAAGAUGAAUUUCAUCCAAAGAUUCAAAAAUGCGCUGUUCUAUUUCCUAAACACAUGCAUUGACAAACUCGUUGUUUGCCCUCACUAUGAUAGACUGGUGCACAAGUACUUUGGUCCAGAUGUAAAGUUCUAUCACCUUCUUCAGAGCGCAGACAUCUGGCUAAUGAGAGUAGACUUUGUCUUUGAAUUUCCCAGGCCGACCAUGCCAAACAUUGCCUACAUUGGUGGAUUUCAGUGCAAGCCCUCUGAACCUCUAUCCAAUGAGCUGGAGCAGUUUGUUCAGAGUUCAGGGGAGCACGGUGUCCUCCUAAUGUCUCUGGGUACACUGGUUCAAGGUUUGCCAUCAGAAAUCACAUCAGAAAUAGCUGCAGCUUUUGCUCAGCUUCCUCAGAAAGUCAUAUGGAGGCAUGUGGGCGAACGACCCAGCAAUUUGGGCAAUAAUACCCUGCUAGUGAAGUGGAUGCCGCAGAACGACUUGCUGGGUCAUCCAAAGAUCAAAGCCUUCGUGGCCCAUGGUGGCACUAACGGUAUUUAUGAGUCCAUCUACCAUGGUGUCCCCAUCAUCGGUAUCCCCCUUCUUUUUGACCAGUUUGAAAACGUCCUGAGACUGGAAGCACGAGGAGCAGCGAGGGUGGUUGAUGCAGCUAAGCUCACCCGACAGAAUUUCCUGGAAGCAGUGCAGGAUGUUCUUAACAAUCCCUCCUACAGAGAGAACAUGAAACGCCUGUCAGCUCUCCAUCGGGAUAAGCCAAUGCAUCCUUUGGACACUGCAGUGUACUGGAUCGAGUUUGUCAUGAGGCACAAAGGAGCUGCACAUUUACGAACAGAGUCUUACAGGAUGCCCUGGUAUUCAUAUUAUUCUGUGGAUGUCUUUGUGUUUUUGUUGGCCAUUUUAUUGAUAUUGACAGCAUCUGUAGUAGGUUUUGUACAAUUUAUUUGCCUUCCAAUAUGCAGAAAGAGAAAAUCAAAGCAAGAGUAAUUAUUUUGUUACAGUUAAAUGGAAACGGUAAUUUAAAAAAAUAAGUAAUCAUUUUUGGAUUAAUAUAGAUUGUUAAAAUACUCUAUGUAUGCGCAGGACAGGGAGUAACCGAAAAUAGAUUUAACAAUGCCAUUUUAUUUAUUGUUUAAUGAAGGGGAAAAGAAUGUGCAACUGUUUAUGCCCCCCAAAUUUUUGCAACAUUACAUUUCCUGGAAACAGAUUGAUCAGAAGUUGACAAUCUCAAGGAAGUCACCACAAGGUCAGACUGGGAAAUAUAUUUUAAAAACUAGAAACACUCAAAAGCUCCACCUUUAAGGCUUCAAAUAGUUUUCUGAUGUUAAAUAAAACAACGGAACAAAAACACUGGAUGGUUUAUUGAUCGGCUGAGGAAAAACGUAUCCUUGAAACAGAUUAUUUGAAAAAAAUAACCCAGGUUUGGGAAAUAACAAGUUAAAUCCAGCCCUGUCUGAUGAAAUGGGUGAAAAUGCCUCCAGAAGGGUACUAAUUAAGUCUGGAAAAAUUACUGAAAAUGGUUGUCUUAAGAAUGUUUUAUUUUUAUUUUCAUCUUUCUUUGAUAAUGACAUUGUGGAAUUUUCUAUUUUUUUCAGUUAACAGUUUGGUUAUUUCACUAUAUUCUGAUUUGCAAACACCUAAAAGUGAUUGAGUUUGUGUUUGCAGCAUUCAAAAUUCCAGAGCCAGAAUUGUAGUUUUCUAUGAGGGUUUUACUGCAUAUGCUUUUAAGAGGUGUGAUCAAAGAUUUAACUUAAAUCCAAUGUCCCCAGCUGUAACAAAUAGAAGAGCAGACGUUUAUGACUGAGUGAGAAAGAGCAAAACAUGGAUAAAACUUACUAGACUAGAGAAUGAUGUCAACAAUCCCAUUAAAAAAUAAUUACAGCAAGUAAAGCCAAAAACAACAAAAAACAGUAAUAAGAAAGAGAAAUAGAUCAGAAAACAUCUGGCAAAAGUUUGACCAACCCAGUAAGUAUGGCAAACCCCUAACAGCAAAAAUAACUGUGCAAAUGUGCAAAGACCCAAACAGAAAAACUAAUAAGAUGCUUCAGGAAAAAAAAAAAAACAUUCUUAAAGACAUAGUGGAGGAUGUUCUUUUUCUCCACUAUGUCAAAAUAAGUGGUCGAUCUAAUUGUCAAUCAUUCUGGUGAUAUGUUUAUAUAAGGCCAUCUGAUGUACUUGUCCGUGCUUGUGAGUUUGACAUAGUAGGAAAAAUUGCAAAUUUGGAAAGUAGGCUUGUAUGAGCGAUGCAAACGGCGACGUUAAAACAGAGCGUGCAAGGAGUAAUGGACUGGUGCAAGCUCUCGCAAGUGUUAAAUAGGUGUUACCUCUUGAGAGAGGAUACAAGGUUGUGCAUGUGCAUUUUUUAUUAAAGUGGAGAGGGCACUCUUUUCAAAAAUUCAUGAAAAUCCUCCCCUAUACCUUUAAGCUCCAUAUAAAAACCUAAAAAAAAAAAUCACUUUGAAAAGUAAUAAGAAACAGUUAAAGUGCACAGAAAAAUAAACAUAAAGGUAGAUCAAUAGACUCAACAGAACCCCAAAUGUACAACUUGAUUGUAUGUGAUUUCAAUCCUAUCUAAAAAUCAGCCAAACCAUCUGUUAAAGAAGCCAAUAAAACUGCAAAAUAUUAAGUGAUUUAAAAAAAAAAGGAUUAGGCGGCCUUUCCUUGGAGGUUUUUUUUUUUGCAUGAUAAUGACUCUCACUGUGGUCCUCUGGUGUCGCAAACCUAUAGAUUUUAGACUGCAUAAUUAACUCAUGCUCUUCAAGUUUUUAUAUCCAAAUGUGUUGUUUUAUGCCUGCUUACAUCAUUUUGUCAGAAAGGCUCCUAUAUGAGUGAUUUUUUAACCCUGCCAGUGAGUAACUAGUAAACUUGAGCUCUGCUUUGAAAAAAAAAAAAAAAA